AUGACAACUACUAUACCAGAAUCUUCAACAAAUAAGGAUCUAAAUUUGAAAAAUUCACUUUUUUUUAAUAAAUUCAUUAAUAGCAGUGAGUUUGGAUACAAAAAUAUAAAUGAUGAUGAUAUACUUGGUGAUGAAACUAUGAGUUACAUGUCUGGAAGUUAUAAUAGAAGCAAUAAUUGUGAUUCUGAUAAUAUUGAUAUAUUUAUUUUGGAUAAAAUGAGCUUCAAAAGAGCCAGAAUUUUUGCUAAAAAUGAAGAAAUUUAUUAUGAUACCUUCUGUGAAAAUAAAGAGUUCAAAGUAGAUUCGAUAUUCUCAAUAAAGUUAGAAUCAACAUUGACAUUGCUAUAUAAUGAAAGUAUAAUAUUGGAAAAUCUUAAUAGCAGUAACACACAUCUAUUGUCUUGUGAAAUAGACAAAGAUACAUUUAAAAAAGCUAAAAGUAACAAUCAACUGCAUAGCUUGGAGCCUGUAAAUCCUUUUCUUCUUAAGACAAUAUUUAAAAUUAGGCAUGUAGAUUUUUCUACACAUUCUGAUGAAUGUUUUGAAUUUACUUCAGAAGAUUCAGAAAAAAUUGACGAACAAUUAGGAAAUACAAUUUAG